AUGAAAAUAUACUAAAACCUUGCUAGACACGUCAAAUAAGUUAAAAAUCGCAUAUCCAUUUUGAAAAUAUCCCAAGCAUAGGUCUCUCAUUUUAACAAAUAAAAUUUGAAUGUCUAUAAUGCAAAAUAGGAAAAAUAAUCUGAGUAAGCUUUCCAUCUAAAUUUAAACUUUAGAGAUGAAGAAGAGACAUAAAAGGAAAUAGAGAUUAGAAAAUAAUACCUUAAGAACUCUUAUGACAGUGAGAAACUGAUUAACUUGAUUAAAAAAUACAUUGGAAAAUCGAACGGAAAGUUCAGCUUGGCUCUCAUAGACGUAAAUGCUAAGAUUGAAAUUAAUUCAGAAUUCUAAUCUGUCUAGCCUAUGGAUGUGCCUACUACCUAUCUAAUGUAUAAGGGCAGUACAACUAUAGAGUUAAGAGGCUAUCCAAGCAAGAUUAAACUUAAGGAACUUUUAAAAAGUGCAGUCUUUUUGUAUCAGGUAACGAAUGAAGAGAAUCUCAUAAAUCAGCUGAUCAAAGAGGGAAAGCAAUGCAUGGAUGACCAAAACUUCAAUGAUGCACUUUACUUAUUUAAUGAAGCAAAUUAGAUGAACUAAUGGAGAAAUUUAUAUGGCAGCACUAUCAUUUCAAAUUUGGCAUAUAUUCAAACUAAAAGAGGUAACAUGGCAGCUGCUAGAUAGCAUAUAGAUGAAUAUUACUAGAUAUUUGGAAAAGAAACUUUUGACAAGCAAGAAGAGGAGCAUCUAACAUUUGUUAAAUUUGAGUUGGAUUAGGAUGACUAUCAAAAGUAAAAUAAGGAAGUAACUGGUGCUGAGUCUAUCAAUCUAGAUUAAGCAAAGAAAUUCUAUCUAGAAAAUGAUUAUGAUAAUAGUCUUAAGCAGUGCAUGGAGUUGCUUAAAUAAAAUUUUGACAACUUUGAAGCUCAUGUAAUUCUCUAAAGAAUAUAAGUCGAGCUCGGGAGUGAAAAUCCAAUAGUUGUAGAAAGUAGAAACCAAAUUAAAGAGAUGCUCCUUAGAGCUUAUUCUAACAAAAUCAUCUGA